AUGGAUUCGCUGCUUCUUGUGCUGGACAAUGAAGAUCCUGAACUCAGUGAACUAGUCAUCUUCACCAUACGCUCGUAUGUGGCCCUUUUCAAGGACAGUUGUACAGACGAGAAAGCGACCAGCAUGUUAACGAAGAUCGUGUCGGUAUGCUUACGACGUUUCGUGAUCAGCGAAGAACUGGACGUGGAUGGAUCGGGUGAAGAUGAAAUCGAAUUUGCUGAGUACAGAAAAGAACUGCCGAUGGGUGAUAAUCUCAAUACAAUCGGAAAACAUGUUGAGGAAGUGGCGGCCAGUGGCGGUGGUACAGCAAUGCCAAUUGCACGAUUAGAAGCGAUUGUUCAGUUGGUACAAUGGCUUGGGGAGAUUUAUUCCAGACAGGGAUGGAUGGGUCGCGGUGCGCUGUUACCAGUCAAUUUGCUGAACUCUAUGCAACUGGACGGUCGCUCAGCUACUGUCCAUGUCUUGUACUUCGAGGUACAGGGGAUAGCAUUUCGAGUCGCCCGUGUUCGAACUCGCAUUGUCUACCUUUUCUGCCGAUUUGUUAAAGCUCACAAGACGGUGCUUAGUCCUCUAGUUUCUGAGGUGAUCACCCGUUUAGCUCCGUUGUUAGCGAUGUCACCACAGUCUGACCAGUUGCUCACCGCCGACGAUCAGGCAUUCAUUUUCGAAGCAACCGGAACGCUUAUAGUAUUCGGUGAACUUGGAGUGGAACAAAAGUCUCUUUACAUCGGCGAACUAGCGAACAAGCUUGGAGAGCGUUUUCUUGCUGCCAUCACGGAGCUGCAGGCAGCUCGAGCUGCAGGAGACGCAGCGAAAGUCCAAAUGAUCCAGCAGUUCAUGACCAACAUAGUUGGUUACUGU